UUUGGAGUGAUUACUAUCAAAUACGGGAACAAUAAAAAACUAAAAUAACGCAUUCAGAACUUUAUUUUAUCUUUUGAAAACUGAGGAACGAGUUCGACGCCGAAUUUACAUGGCAGCGAUAAAUAAAUUAAGAGAAAGAUUCAACGUGUUCAGAAUGUGAAUGCUUGCUUAUCAAUUUCACAACAACCACUCAUCACCAAGUAAGUGUUACGAGAAAUUAUCUCACAAUAUAGUCAAACUUGGUUUCUACAUAAUAUCUAUCAAAAUUUCAAAAUCGGCUGCACAAUCAUGUACUUUGAAAACUCCACUUGCAAUUAGCGAUGAUGUUAUAAUAAUUCCUAUCAUAUCAUAUCACAGCUUUUACCCUUUGUUUUCAAUGGAGAUAGUUCAGGACCUGCAUUCACAAACUGCUACUAUUACAACAGAGGAAAUAAUAGUGAACAACUCACACAGAAACACAACUAUCACUGAACAACCUCAACAUCAAAGAUUCAGAGAUUACAGAUGGUGGUUUCGCGUAUCGAUAUACAUAAUCUUUCUUCUGAUAGGCCAAUCUGCAGCCACACUUUUGGGAAGAUUAUAUUAUGACAAAGGUGGUAACAGCAAAUGGAUGGCAACAUUUGUUCAAUCAGCUGGGUUCCCUUUACUACUUCCACUUUUCUUUAACUUCACAGCACAUUCCAAAUCUAAUAACAUACACACCAAUGAUGCUUCCUCCAGAAAAACCAGACCAAAAUUUUCCACUUUGAUUUCCCUUUACAUAGCUUUUGGCUUACUUUUAGCAGGGGAUAAUUUAAUGUAUUCCUAUGGACUUCUUUAUCUUAAUCUUUCAACAUAUUCUCUACUAUGUGCAACACAAUUAGCCUUCAAUGCAUUAUUUUCUUUCUUCCUAAAUUCCCAAAAGUUCACAGCAUUGAUAUUCAAUUCUAUAGUCCUUCUUACCAUGUCAACUUCCUUGCUUGCCAUCAAUUCCGAUUCCGAGGAGGACUCAACGAAUCUUCCUAGAGAUAAACGAGUACUCGGAUUCAUUUUCACUCUUUGUGCAUCUGCUGCAUUUUCUUUAUACCUCUCACUUGUUCAGCUUUCUUUUGACAAAGUUAUAAAAAAGGAAACCUUUUCUGCUAUCUUGAACAUGCAAUUUUACCCUUCUUUCGUUGCUACUUGUAUUUGUGUUGUUGGAUUGUUUGCAAGUGGUGAAUGGAAAAGUUUGGAUGAGGAAAUGAAGGGAUAUGAAAAUGGAAAGGUGUCAUAUAUAAUGACUUUGUUUUGGACUGCUGUGACUUGGCAAAUAUCUUCAAUUGGUAUGAUAGGAUUAGUUUUAGAUGUAUCUUCAUUGUUCUCAAAUGUAAUAGGUACAGUUGUUUUGCCUGUAGUUCCUAUCCUUUCUGUUAUUUUCUUCCAUGAUAAGAUCAAUGGGGUGAAGUUUAUAGCUUUGGUGUUAGCUAUAUGGGGGUUUCUUUCUUAUAUUUAUCAACAUUAUCUUGAUGACAAAAAAGCCAAGGCAAAUAAAACUCAUCUUCCUGAGGUUUCAAGGGGUGAGGUAGAAAUUUGCUGAUGGAAUAGACCAACUAUUGAUGAAGGUAUAGCAAUUUCUUUUGGAACUUAGUUUUAGAUUAUAGGUAAAACAAAGGAAUUUGUUGCUCUUGCAAUUUUGAGAAUUGUAUCUUUCUUUAUGACCAAUUACAGCUUUGAAUUUA